UACUGUUGACGAUGCACUACCAGUCCUUACAUCGAUGCGUCGUCGUUUUGGACCCUGAAGAAGAAAACCCAAAACCUCUGCGUAUUGCUUGCUGCUGCUGCUGCAACAUUUGUUAGAAGAGAAGAGAGUGUGAGAAACAGAGAAAGAGAUGCGAGAAGUGGGUUUGAGGUUGGAUGUGUUUCUGUUGGCACUCACCAUUCUAUGGGCACCUGCGCUCUCGGAUCUGGUCCUCUCCAAGGUUGACCGACGCAUUGAUUUGACAUCACAAAUUGCGCGCAUCACUUCGACACUGAAGGUGGAGAAUGCAGGAAGUGGUUUGGUUUCAGAAGUUUUGUUGGCCUUUCCUGAGAGUCAGGCAAAACAUUUGGCGCAUCUGACGGCAACCCCCAAUGAAGGGAAAGGAAAAGUGAAAGGUUCUGGUAUUAGUUACCCUGUUCAACUUGUUCACGCUAAAGACAUGCCUCCUUCUUUGACGUUUUAUUCAGUAUCUUUACCAAAGGGAUUGGGCAAGGGGGACAGCUUCACUUUUGAUGUAUUGGCUGUUUUCACCCAUGCAUUGAAACCAUUUCCUGAGAAAAUUACUCAGGCUGACAUUCAGCUCCUAGUGUUUCAGGACAGUGCACACUAUCUCUCUCCUUAUGCAGUCAAGGUGCAAACACUCAGUGUUAAAUUGCCCGAUGCAAGAAUUGAAUCUUAUACUAGGAUAGAAAAUACAAAGAAUAUUGGCUCAGAGAUCAAAUACGGUCCUUAUGAGAAUCUUCCUCCCUACUCGUACUCACCUAUAGUUGUUCAUUUUGAGAGCAAUCAACCCUUUGCUGUUGCUGAAGAAUUGGUGCGAGAGAUAGAGAUUUCCCACUGGGGUAAUAUUCAAGUAACAGAGCAUUACAAGCUUGUCCAUGGAGGUGCUCAAAGCAAGGGAGAAUUUUCAAGGCUUGAUUAUCAAGCCAGACCUCAUGUCAGAGGUGCAUCAGCCAUUAGGCGUCUUGUUGCAAAAUUGCCACCAAGAGCUCAUUCUGUGUAUUAUAGGGAUGAAAUAGGCAAUGUUUCAACAUCUAACUUAUGGAGUGAUUUUAAGAAGACAGAACUGGAAAUCGAACCUAGGUAUCCUAUGUUUGGUGGUUGGAGAACUGCUUUUACCAUUGGAUAUGGCUUACCGCUUCACGAGUUUCUGUUUGAAUCAGAUGGAAAACGCUUCAUUAAUAUCUCUUUUGGUUGCCCUAUAAAUGAGGUGGUCAUUGACACUCUCAUUGUGAAGGUUGUUCUGCCCGAGGGUUCUAGAGAUAUAUCUGUAUCUGCUCCAUUUCCUCUAAAACAAUGGCAAGAGAAAAAAUUUUCCCACUUGGAUCUUGUUGGUAGGCCAGUGGUUGCACUGGAAAAGACUAAUGCUGUGCCUGAGCAUAAUCAGAAAUUCCAGGUCUAUUACAAAUUCAACAGCCUUGCAAUGCUUUGGGAACCCUUGAUGUUGAUUUUUGGAAUUUUCUUCCUUUUUGUGACUGGGAUUGUAUACAUGCAUGUGGACAUGUCCAUAUCCAAAUCUUCGGCUUCUUAUUUGGCCAAACUGCAGUGGGAUGAAGUGCAAGCAGCAAUUCAGCAGAUCAGAAAUAUCAUCGCCCGAUGCCUCGUGAUACAUGAUAAGGUGGAAGCAUCAUUACGUGAUCUUUCGCGGACAGGGGACAUCCAAGCUUGUAAAGCAGCUCGAAAAGCAGCUGAUGGUUUGUUGAAAGAGCUUUCGAAAGAGAUGAAGCCCUUAUUGGCAUUCUUGCAAUCAUCUCAGCAGGCUGCACAUCUACUGCCUAAGGUGGAGGAGCUGGUGGUGAAGGUGAAGGAUUUGGAAGAAAGGUUAAUGGUGAAACACUCUACCAUUGUGGAUUGUUAUGAGAAGAAAUAUGGAGGAAGGGAAAUCGAGAAUCGGGUUGCUUCGCAAGUGCAGAAAAUUACCGCCUUGAGGCAGGAGGUUGACGAUCUUCUUGAGUUUAUUGAUGAGAUAUAAGAGAUGGGCAUAUUUUGCGCUUGCUAUAAUAUUUUCCGGAACUUGUUAAUUAUUAAAUAGAAAGAGGACUAGUUGCUUUUAGUUUUGUUUUGAAAUUGCAUUGUGCUAAAAAUGUAAGGGACUCGUUUAAUUUGCAAACACAGCCAACAUUAUUUUA